GAAGGCUUGACAGUUGCAGUGCUAACUAAGCCUGUCAUAAUCACCAUUAUCAAUGGCAUGUGUGAUGGGCUCAGUUAUAUGCAUAGGAAAAACAUUGUCCACCAGGAUCUCAAACCUGACAACAUCAUGGUGGAAUACAACACUUAUCGGGCUGUCAUCAUUGACUUAGGACUUGCCAGAUUCCAAAAGAAUGGGGUUUGCUAUGGCACAGAAGGAGGCAAUAUGUGUUAUGCUGCUCCUGAGAUUUUUCAAGGAAAAUACAGAGACCAGUACUCCGAUGUGUGGGCAAUGGGCAAAAUCAUAGCAGAGCUACUAAUUGUGCCCAGAACUCAGGGACACCCCAUCCAGACUCUCAGCCAACUCAGAGUCCCCCAAGAUGAAAAAUAAAUAAAUAAUAAAAUUAAAUUUAAAAAAGCCAGAACUUUAUAAUAACUUAAUUAAUAACAUUAUAACUUACAUUUAUACCCUCUAUAAUGU